GCUUCAUCGUCUGACUCGACACCGACUCUUUCAUUCGAUCCGAUCCACAUCGUACACACAUCAAUCAUACAUACAUAACAUAGUAAUGUAGGUAUACAUAACUACACUACACGUUACCUUGUCUACUUUGUCUACUUUGUCCAAGCCCCCCCAUGCGCGCGUGCGGUCUUUCUCUGAUCAAGUGUCCUGUCUGACCGUCUCAUUAGUCUAGCCACCGCGGGGCGCAACUUGAAGGAUGCAGGCCCCCCCUGAAGAUGCAUUUUUGUAUAUAUCGCCAAUUGGCUAUAGAAGAUCAUCUAGUUGCGGCUACUGCCGUCGUAAGGGUAUCGAUGGCUCAGGCCACACCUACUAUGCACGUGCAACAUCCAUGAGCCCAGCUGGCUACCAGACUCUCAUUGAUCGAUGCUGGAGACGGUCCGGGGCGCUUCUUUAUAGACCAAAUCAGCGGGAUGCUUGCUGUCCACACUACACCAUUCGUCUUGACUCUGGCCGCUUUCGGACGACAAGAGACCAGCGGCAGACUGUCAAUCGCUUCAAUAAAUACAUCACAGGCGAUUCAUACACAAAAGAGGCAGCUCGUUUGCAUCCGAAGUCAUGCGAACAAGCUCGGAAGCGAGAUACUGAAUUUGACCUAGUAGAGAGAAUCCACGAAGGCGAAAGCCCAUCACUAAAACAGCCACCACAGCCAUCCCACGACUUCAUCGUCACACUAGAGUCUGACAAUUUCACAGAGGAGAAAUUCCGCGUUUUUGAAAAUUACCAGCAGGUUGUACACCAUGAAGACCCCUCAUCGAUAUCCCGAGAAGGAUUUAGGAGAUUCUUGUGUGACUCACCCCUGAAAAGGGAGAAAUACACGGCACCGGAUGGACGUGAACGCCAGCUAGGUUCGUUUCACCAGUGCUAUCGGCUCGAUGGUCAGCUGGUAGCAAUAGGUGUUCUGGACCUUUUACCAGACUGCGUUAGUGCUGUCUAUUUUCUAUAUCAUGAAUCUAUUCACAGGUUUAGUCCUGGAAAACUUGGGGCAUUACGAGAGAUUGCGCUAGCAAUGGAGGGAGGUUAUCGGUGGUGGUAUGCCGGCUAUUACAUUCAUACGUGCCCUAAAAUGAGAUACAAGAUCGAUUUCUCGCCCCAGGAGAUCCUCAACCCGGACACCUUUGAAUGGGUAGAGCUUACUCAGGAAGUAAUUGAGAAGUUUGAUAAGCACGGGUAUCUCAACCUGCAGAGAGGCGAAGGGGAAACUAAAGCAGUUGAAUCCAUGGACGGCAGUACGCCGAUGGAGACGGAGGGCCAUGGCGAUCAAACAUUCAAGGAGGAGGAUGCUGAUAGCGAUGAAGAAGCAUUCCUAUUUGACGGUAAUAUGCCAGGCAUUCCAUCCAUUGAAGAAAUGAACUCGGUGGACUUGGACCAUAUCGCCGUGCGUCUGAAACAGGGAUACUGCUACGCCGGCAACCUGUUUCAAUGGCAGAGCGAAAAGAUCGAAAAUAGCGGCUCUGCCAAAGCUAUGGUUGCAGAAGUGGUGGCAGCGGUUGGGCCGGAAUUUAUUAGCAGAUUGUGUCUGGACUUUGGGAGAUCUUAAGAAGAAGGGAGUCAGGGUUAGGUGAUUUAUAUAGGCCAAUAAACUAAUACCCCCCUGA